GGAACCGUGCGAGUAGGUUUAGAGGCGAAUUGCUUGUGUAAAGAUAUGUUAAUUUUGGCGAAUUUGAACUUUAUGCAUACGAUAAAUGUUUGUAAGGGGUAUUGAAAUCUCAUCAUGGGGUUAUUGCUCUCGGUGCUUGUUGUGUGUGUUGGCGUGUUGGAAGUUCUAGCUUGUGUCCGACAUUUCCAAGAUGGCUACCUUCCUCUGUGGACCCCACAUUGUGCUGUAACUUCCGGUUAUACGUCUUCAUACGAACGUUGGCGGAAAAAGCCGAGUGAUAGUUGUGAAUUUAGAUCAUUUGACGAGGUUUGUGGAGAGGUGAAUCACACAGCUAAUCAGACAUCUGAAAAUUGUUUAGAAAGUUCGUCGAACAUUCGGAAUGGAUUUGCUGGGAAACAAAUUGAGAAGACUUCAGAAAAUAACUAUCCUUCUACCGACUGCUGUUAUCAGCAUCCGAAAAGUGACAGCAGAACUGGAUUUGCUCCUUCCAUUGACGACCAUACAGAGGAAGCCUGCGACUACCGCAACGUAUCCGACAUUUCGGCAUCAUCAUUGGUGUGUGACGAGGGUGAGCGAAAAGUUGUCGACAAAAAUGUUACAAACGCAGUAUCUUCUCAAAGGAUCCCGCAUGCAGAGUACGACACGAAGUGUCAUGAGAGGUUUGCUGCUGAAUUUCCUUCCCAUUCACGAAGCGAAAUUCAUACCGUUAGUAUUGGAACACAGUACGAAGUUUUGGAUUCAGGUGUCCAAAUUGAAAAUGCAGUUUCAUUGCCUUACUCUCUACGUGAAGAACCAUUUGUUAAUGAUGUAACUGAAAAAGAUUAUAUCAGUGCGAAGAAAAGAGACGUCGAAGAUAAAGUUCCUUCUUUAGAUACUGGUGACGAAUUACGCACUUCAUAUCAACGAAAUUAUGAAGAUGUUCAUGACGACAUUCUGGGUGGGAAACAGCCAACACAGCAUGACAUCUUUGGACCAAAAGCUGAAGCUGAAAUUCAAUCUUCAUGUUUGCACAACGAGAGAGUGUGUGCAGGUGGGAAACAAGACCAUCAAGUUCUUAUUUUGGAAGAUGAACCAAGUGUUCCAGUGCUAGACUGCAUUACAAGUACGUUUUCGGGUAGGAUUGAAGAAAGGGACCAGAUUCCAAGCACAGAAAUUAAAUCACAAUCUCUGUCGUCAGAUUUUACAGUAGAUAAACCCUUCAGUGCUGGUUUAGAACUUGAACGCCAGAUUCCACCUCCAGGACAUGAAAUAAACGUCCCAUCAUCAGUUUUGCUGACACAAGAAGGUAAAUCGGAUUUUGGGGUUUCAGCAGGGGAACCGCCGGUUGCAAUUGCUGAAGAACCUGAUACACAACCAGAAGGUAAAAUUUUGUGUUUUCAGAAUGAAUCUGCAGUCCCUGCAAGCCCGAACUGUGAACACAGAUUUCAUGUUCCAAGUUCUGAGACUGAAGAAACUUCCGUCACACCCGUGGAAGGCAAUACUGAACACAACGUUCCAAUUUCAUAUGAUGGCAUAGAAUCUGAACUUGCGGGUACUGUGUACAAGGAACCAGCUUGUUCUCUUGAGGUAACUGAUGCUUUGAAGGAAAUUUAUGGCUUAAAUGUUUAUGCUGAAUCUCAAACAUCUUUAUCUGUGGAAAAUAUUGGAGAGCAGCUUGAAACAGAUACCCAUAAAGGAAUAGAACCAACGAACAGUCACAGGUCAGCUACUUCUGCCACGGAGAGCACUAGCAGUAUUCAUCAGGGUUCAGAAAUUGUAAAACAGAAUAAUCUGGAAAAUGUGUGUGAAGCACAUUCCUUGAACGAAGAAAAUGUAGGUCUGGAAGAAGAUGGAACCGGAACCCAGCACGAAGUCUCCGACCCUCGCAUCGGUCCUGGCCCGUCUUCAUCUGAUUUCGAAAACGAGAAGGAUAUCAGCAUCACGAGUAAGGACUCAAAACAAGACGUUUCAGAAAGUCGUUUGGAUUCUCAAACGAUUUUAUCUGAUACUGGAAUACCUCUCGAGGAAGGAAGUUUACGUGACAGUGGUUUCUCUGGUUCUAACGAACUUGCGCAACCCAGUAUCUGUGAAGGGUCCUCCGACGUGCAGACGUCUUCACUUACUUCACUCACUCCAUUAACUAUGGAUACCUCCAUUCAAUUGUCUGUGUCAUCCCCCUUGACCAUCGAUACCUCACUUGAAACAUCUGCCUCUGUCUCCCCGUUACCAGCAGAUCGUCAGACAUCCCAGUCUCCCCCAAAAGUUCCAUCUACCCCAAAGAAGUCCAAAGCAGACAUAAGCUGGCCAACAUUCUUUCCUGGUACUCCCGUUAUUAAGAGGCCGUCAGUGUCCUUCGCAACACCAGAAGCAGUAUUUACAAGUGAAGAUCAAGAUGUAUUACGGCAAUACGCGGAAGAGGCGCCUAUAGACCUUUCGUACGAUAAUAGCACAGAGACAGAGUCCGAAACAGCCUAUGCAAGUUCAGGCGAAGAAAAGGAGCUGGAGUCAACAGGGACUCCCGAAAGAAGCGAUUCGUUCGAGGAUGAACCUGAUCCUGUUAUCUACAGAGAGAGAUCGCCGUCGAAUAUUGUCGCUGGGAACGACUUUUCAAGAAAAGAAUUGAAGCUUCAUAGGCGGAGGAGUUACAAGCAAAAGAGGUAUAGUUCUGCUAUAGAAAUAAGGACACGUGACGAAGAAACUGAAGACAGAUCAUUCAGUGAAAAUAAUCCCGGACUUACCCGUGCAACAAGUGUCACUGAGCCGAAGAAACGUUACAAGAGACCAGCUAAAUCGUCGUCAUUUGAAGAUGUUAUGUUGCGUGACAUUAAAGGAGAACCAUGUCUGACAGCCACGACAGAAGAGAUUUCUGAUGUUUCCUUUCCGGAUGGUAGGGAAACCGAACGCGAAGAAACCCGACAACAGGAGCCCAAAAACUUUGAAGAAGUCUCUGGAGAAACGAAGGAAGGGCGCGACGUCUCGGAUUGUCUGAGUGUGCCUACAGAACGAAACGAGCCGAAACACGAUAAGUCGAAGCAACAAGUGAAGGAGGAAGAAGUCGAAAGAAAAGAAGCUGCAAAAGGACAGAAAGAAGAAGUCAGAGGAGGCAAAGAAGAAGAAGAGGAGUACAGCGUCAGUGAAGAGCAAAGUUCAUCACAGCAAAAAUCUCCACCGAAAGAAGCCUUUUGGUUGAUUUUCAGCGGAGAAUACACGAAGGCGAUGUCGAAGGACUGGCACUCGGGCCACUUCUGCUGCUGGCAGUGUGACGAGUCCCUGACAGGACAACGCUACGUGCUCAGGGAUGACCAUCCCUACUGUAUCAAGUGCUACGAGUCGGUGUUCGCCAACUCGUGCGAGGAGUGCAAUAGAACUAUCGGUAUUGACUCAAAGGACCUGUCCUACAAAGACAAGCACUGGCAUGAGGCCUGCUUCCUUUGCAACAAGUGCCGCGUGUCCUUAGUGGACAAGCAGUUCGGCUCCAAGGCCGAUAAGAUAUACUGCGGAAACUGCUAUGAUGCGCAGUUCGCUUCCCGCUGCGAUGGCUGCGGGGAAAUUUUCAGAGCCGGCACAAAGAAGAUGGAAUACAAGACACGUCAGUGGCAUGAGAAGUGUUUCUGUUGCUGUGUAUGCAAAACCGCCAUAGGUACCAAGAGCUUCAUCCCUCGUGAGCAGGAGAUCUACUGCGCCACCUGCUAUGAGGAGAAGUUUGCUACCCGCUGUGUCAAGUGCAACAAGAUAAUCACAAGUGGUGGUGUCACUUACAAGAAUGAGCCAUGGCAUCGUGAAUGUUUCACAUGCACCCAUUGCAACACUUCACUGGCUGGACAGCGUUUCACUUCCCGCGAUGAGAAGCCAUAUUGUGCUGACUGCUUUGGUGAGCUCUUUGCCAAGAGGUGCACUUCUUGCUCCAAGCCCAUCACAGGUAUUGGAGGCACCAGAUUCAUCUCUUUCGAAGACCGCCACUGGCAUAAUGAUUGUUUCAUCUGUGCUACUUGCAAGACAUCUCUGGUUGGACGAGGGUUCAUCACUGAUGCUGAUGACAUCAUCUGCCCAGAAUGCGCCAAGCAGAAGCUGAUGUGAACAGCCAGUCUACUCUGAAGUAGUUACAUCUGGUUAACUUGAAUAAAUAAGCUAGUGAUGCGCUUGUAACACCAGAUUUACUUAAUUUCUUGAAGGAGAAUUAUUACACUUUGAAUAAUGGAGCACUUAUUUGCUAUUUAUAUAUUAUGCACUACAAUUGAGCAUAUUUAGGAACACUAUUGACAACAGAAUCACUAGAUCAAAGAAAUAUAUUUUUUAAAAUAUUUGACAAAGGAUUUUACUUCUCAUAUUCAUAUAGUUUUUUUUAAUCUUUGAUUAUUGAGAUAAUUAUAUAAAAUGAAUGAAAUAGUAAAAGGGACAAAGGAAGGUUUAAAUAGGUACACAAUUAAAAUUAUUAUAAUUCUUUAUCUAAACUGUUAAGUUUCAUACAGAUAUUUUAUCUCAUGUAAUGGUAGGUCUCAAUUUUUUCUCUAAUUAACGGUUAUUAAAGGGUACAAUAUGCUUUUAACCAACUUGCCAUAUUGACAGCAUUAGUCACUAUAAUGAAUAUUACUCCACUUCGGUAAUUAAAUUAUAUAUAUAAAAGAAAUUAUCACCAUUUAAGAAGGAAUUUUUAUUUGUAAACUAUAAUAAUUAUGUAAUCUUAUGGAUAUCAGUCAUUUUCUUAAUAAGGGAAAUGAUCUACGUUGUUAAUUCUUGACAACAGAAUUCCAAUACAAAAGAGUAUGUAAUUUUGAGUAUCUGAAACAAUUCUUUUGUAUAAAGAUGUUUUCUUUGAAAUAAAAUAAGGUUCUCAUGUAAUUAAUAGUGUAUUAAUAUACAGAAUGUUGGAUAAUUCAAUUUGUAUAGAGUUGGAUGUGGUGGUGAAUUCUGUUACAUUUUUUCAAUAUAAAUGAACGAAUAAAAUAGUUGCGUGCAUAAUAGUUUUGAUGUGUACUGGUAUGCUUUUUAUAUUAUAAAAUAUUUGGAGGAUUUUUCAUCACUUGCCUUAACAUUUUUGUUAUUGAAUUCAGGCUAUUCCAUUCCAAGAUGGUAUUCACUCGUAAAAAACCAUGGAGCUGCACCCAAUCAACGCAAUUUAUCUAAAUACAUUAGAGCUUGGAAACGUAAAAGAAAUCUCUUAGGAGAAAUGUAUUUCUUAGUAACUGAGAAUGCAAGUGCUGGUAUGUGCUAAUUAUGUAUUAGGUUAAAGAAUCCUAUAGUUAGGACAGAUAUAGUAUUUUGCUACGUUACUGAAUGAAACUAAGGGUCUGAUUGGGGGAUAAUGUUUAUGUGUGUGUGUUGGAGGAAGUGUUACACUCUAACAAGAACAUGUACUGUAUUUUGAUUUGUACCAUGAAAUUUAAGUGGGAAGGUAGAUAAGGGGUGGGAGAGGUCUGUAAAGGUAUAUUGAACUAACAUGAAAAUGAGCUGUCAUGGCUAUAUUGCUUGAAUACUUAGUAUGCCAUCAAACUCACACACAAACAUGUAUACAUAUGUACACGCAUGCAUGCAUACAUAUAUACAUAAAUACACACAUACAUGCACACAAAUACACCUGACAGAUGUUUACAAAUACACAUAAUUAAUGGAAACCACAAUAAACACUUAUUACAUAAAACAUGUUAUAUGUGAUAAUAAAUAUAGUUACUUUAUUUUGAUGAGGUGGCCUUAACUGCUGGUAUACUUGCAGUUUUGAAUUUUUGACCAUUAUCAUCAAGCAUAAAGAUUAUAAUGGGUUAAUAAUGUGUAACUAUAACAUCCGUCCCAUGAUUAUAUCACUUUAAUGCACAAUGUCAAGAAACAAAACUGCAUGUUUCCAUAUCAUACAACUUUCUUUACCACUUCUUUGUAUUCUAAACUGGCAAGAUUAAGGAAGUGGUUACUUUCUGACGUUUGAUUAUCCAAAUAUCAAAAAGGAGAGAAAGUUUACGUAUAUUGUGCUAUAUCAGUUUCUUAAUUAUAUAUAUAUAUUUUCUUGCUUUCAUGUGUCAACAGAGGCCAAUAUAGAUACUUUUCUUUUUUAGUUUAGAUCCAUAUGUAUGCAUUUAUUUGUAUAGAAAAAGUAAUAUUUUGUGGUGAUGUGUAACAAAAAUUGAAGUGUGAACAAAAUAAAAAACUUACUAUCUAAGGGUGCUAUGUCAUAUGGGUAUAGGAAUGUGUUGGCAAAAUCAUUAAUUUAACUGCAUUACUUUUAUUGUAGAAUGAUUUCCUACAAUUUGUUGCAAAUAAUAAUGUGUUGCUUUGUAUAUGACUGUCUAGUCAGGUUGGUCACACUGAUGUUCACAUAGGAUUGUUUGACUGGCAUAUGCUGUUGCAUAUUAUUGCUUAUCUUUCUCUGCCUUUCCUAGAGUUGCUUUUUAACAUUCAAGGUAUAUAUUUAGCUCUCAUUUCAUGUUGCACUAUUUUAUGAAUACAUAAUAAAACUGUAUAUUCUGUUCAUACACAUCAUGUUAAUAAAGAAAUGCAAUUUGAUGUAAAAUGUGGCCUUCAUAUUAAACAUUUAAUUAGAAAGUC